AAAUUGUACAAUCGAAUACCCAAAGUCUUUACAAGCUUGUCAAACGGAAUAAGGCAAGCAAUUGUAACUUUUUUUUACACAUGACUCACAUGCAUAUUGAUCACAGUUCUUCAAUUUAAUCAAACAAUUGUUGUUAUUAGUGAAAAUAAAUGCACAUAUGUUCCCUCAUAAAUAUAUUCUCAGAAAUAACACCAUAAAUGUGUAAGAAAACAAUUGCACAGGCGACCCUCCCAUUCAUGCCCAAGCAAUCCAUGUAAAGUUGCCGAUAGCUUGGCAUGUUCCGUGAUCCGUGUGCAGAGCUCCGCAUACUUAUUUACUAAGAUACAGCAACAGAACUAUAAAGCGUCUGUGGGGCCUACAACUCUCAGUCGGUCAACCGUCGACGAAGACCAGGUGAGGAGGGAGAAAGAGAGUAGAGACCGCGAGACACAUUUCCCCUCUUCGAAAAAGCUUCGUUGAAGACGACCUCAAAAAGUGAGAAUUAUUUGAUUAGAAUAGAAAAUAAGCCUUUCGUUCUCUGCUCAUUGCAGAGACCAAAGCAGCUCGUGCCCUCCUCUCAUCUCGUCUUCCUCCCGUAUACCAACUCCUCCCCCUUCCCAUCCUCUUCCCCAAAUAAAAAAUUCGAUACGGCAUCACCUAGAGGAUCAGCAAUCUUCGGAUCACAGGAAGGAUCGCCGGAGUCCGCCAUGGAUGGCGGCGAAGAACUCGAAGCCUUUCCACGUAUGCGGGAUUCUUCUGGUUAAAUGCCAGUUGAGUGCCCGAGUACUGAGACGAGGUCGGCGUAGUGGUAAAGGCGGGAUUUUUAUCGAGAAAAAGAAGUAAAUUUGGAAAUCAGUAGGAGUUUCAUGGCGACUGUGAACGCAGUGUCGUCCUCAACUUCUGCCUUGGAGACGACACCAGCAUCUGCAGUCGAGGAGAUGGAGGCGAAGGCGGUGUGGAAGAGAUACGAAGCUCUAAUGACGGUGAGAACGAAGGCGAUCAAAGGGAAGGGUGCGUGGUACUGGGCUCACCUCGAACCUAUCUUAAUGUGCCCCUCCGAAUCCGGUGCCCCAAAAGCGGUAAAGCUCCGAUGUUCUCUCUGUGACGCUCUCUUCUCUGCUUCCAACCCCUCACGCACCGCUUCAGAGCACCUAAAGCGAGGAACUUGCCCCAAUUUUUCCUCUCCUUCGGCUGCUGCCGGCAGCGGUGGUUGCGACACCUAUCAACACGCACAACCGAAGCCCAUCUCCUCGCUCCCACCCCCCUCUUCAUCCCGGAAACGCUCCUGCAAUUCGUACCAAAUUGAAGUCCUUUACUCGUCCCCAUCUACAUCUCCCAUUCUUCCGCUUCCAUCUCCGCAGCAGCCAAACUUACUGCUUUCCGGCGGGAAAGACGACUUAGGCGCGCUCGCGAUGCUUGAAGAUAGCGUCAAGAAACUGAAGAGCCCCGUGGCUUCUCCAAACCCUGCACUUUCAAAGGUGCAGAUUGACACUGCCUUCUCCUUCCUCUCCGAUUGGUUCUACGAGUGCGCCGGCGUGAUCUCCUUCUCCUCUUUGGAGCAUCCGAAAUUUCGCGCUUUUCUUAAACAAGCCGGACUCCCCUCGAUCUCCCGCAGCGAUCUCACCGGCACCCGGCUCGAUGCUCGUUACGAGGAAGCUCGCUACGACGCCGAAGUUCGUAUUUGCGAUGCUUUGUUUUUUCAGGUCGCCGCCGACGGCUGGAAGCCUAGCUCCGACGCCAACGGUGGCGACUCACUCGUCUCUAUCACCGUCAAUCUCCCCAACGGAACCACAGUCUUCCACCGUGCACUCAUCUCCGACGGUCGAAUUCCAUGCAAGUAUGCCGAGAACGUGCUCUGGGAUGCUGUUACAAACGUCUCCAGCAGCGGCAGGGGUGGCAGCCCCGCCACCCUCUGCGCCGGAAUUGUCUCCGACCGGUACAAAUCCACCGCGCUCCGCAGCCUCGAAGACCAGCAUCACUGGAUGGUAAACCUCUCCUGUCAACUUCAUGGCUUCCGCAGCCUCAUCAAAGACUUCACCCGCGACUUCCCCCGCGGCCUCUCCGUCUUCGACAAUGUCGCCUCCAAAUGUUCCAAAGUUGCAAUCUUUUUCAACAACAAUUCCUCCGCAAGAACCAUAUUCCACAAAUACCAAACGCAGGAGCUCGGCCGCACCAGCCUCCUUCGAUAUGCAAACGGCAGCGAUUGCAGCUUCACGGUCGAAGACAUCAUCGCCUCGACCGCAGCGUUUCACCGAACUGUACACGAUGACUCCUUUAAGCUCCUCUGCCUCGAUAACCCAGAAGCCACCCAACUUGCCGACGUAAUCCUCGACAUGAAAUUCUGGAACGAAGUCCAGGCCGUCAACUCUCUCAUCAAGCUCAUCACCCACAUGAUUCAAGAAAUGCAAUCCGAGCGGCCACUUGUAGGACAAUGCCUUCCGCUCUGGGAAGAACUGAGGUCCAAAAUCAAGGCAUGGUGCGCCAAAUACGGCAUCGAUGAGACUGUCGUCCACAAGGUGUUCGAGAAAAGGUUUAAAAAAAACUACCACCCAGCAUGGUCGGCGGCGUUCAUACUCGAUCCCUUAUAUCUCACUAAGGACACCACCGGCAAAUACCUUCCGCCUUACAAAUGCUUAACACCAGAACAAGAUAAGGACGUGGACAAGCUGAUCACAAGGCUCGCAUCUCGCGAAGAAGCUCACAUCGUUCUAAACGAGCUCAUGAAAUGGAGAUCAGAGGGUAUGGAUCCAAUCUACGCGCAAGCGGUGCAGGUGAAGCAGCUCGAUCCGGCCACCGGUAAGAUGAAGAUUGCGAAUCCGCAAAGCAGUCGGCUUGUGUGGGAGACUUGCUUGAGCGAGGAGUUCGGAACGCUGGGCAAAGUAGCCGUCAGGCUUAUCUUUCUCCACGCGACGGCCGGCGGAUUCAAAUGCAAUGUACCGUGGUUGAGAUGGCUGAAGCGGCAGGGGAGAUCGAGGGCGGCUAUGGAGAAAGCGCAAAAGAUGAUCUUUGUGGCGGCGCAGGCGAGAUUGGAAAGGAGAGAUUUUUGGGGCGAUGAAGACAAGGAUGGGGAAAUGUUUUCGCAUGGGGAUGCGGAUGAGCUCAGUGAGAGGAAUUUCCAACGAGAGUUCAUGGAGGGAUCCUCGGUGUAAAAAUUUCUGAUUUUGAUUAAUUUAAUUAUUGGGUUUUUUUCUCCCUUAUUAUUUUCAAAUGGCUGAGCUUAUGGAGUUGAA